UGCAAGUACCAAAUUUCCGAAACCAUUUUGGAUAAUUCCCCAACAAAACCAUCAGUGUAAGCGUCGCUUUGCUUCUUCGCGCGCCUCUCCCUGUACACGUUCUCAGGUUAGAGGCACGGCUCCAAACCUUUCAUCCAUGGAGAAGAACGCUGCUAAAAUGGCGAGGACUGACAAAUGGAAGGUACCGGAGCCGGGAAUCGACGACAGGCUGACCUCUCUACCUGACGAAAUCAUCUCCCACAUCCUCUCUUUUCUGCCUACCAAGUACGCUGUGGGUACCGCCGUCCUCAGCCGGCGGUGGAAGGAUCUCUGGACUAGGGUUUCCAAUCUCGAUUUCGAAAACCGCCUGGUUUACAGGGAUCUUAUCAGCUCCCGCGUCGUUAAUUACAUUCGGCUGACGGAGAUGGAAGAUAGGAGGGAUGUGGAAUUCCUCCGCUUCGUCGAUAGGGUUUUCAGCCAGCACAGGAAUCUCGAUUCUGUACGUUGUUUCCGCUUCCAUGUUUCAGUCUCGAGGGUGAUGCAAGAUUACUUGAAUAAGAGGGGAUUGGCAUUUGGGUCUCAGGUUGAGGAAAUUGAUGUUAUGCUUCUUGAGGCCAUUGCAUCUGAACUUUGUCUCCAGCUUCCAGAGAGUUUCUACACUUUGAAGAAUCUUAAAAUUGCGAAGCUCCACGAGGUUAAGGCCACUGUGAACGGGUCAGUUUCUCUUCCUAGUUUGAAAAUCUUAGAGCUUUGGGAUGUCGUAGCUGAGGACCGUGAGUCCUUAAGCAGGCUCAUAACUGGUUGCCCUAUUCUGGAGACUCUUCGUCUGGAGCAUUGCAUCUUACUAGACAUGAACGAGAACGACGUACUCAUUGCUUCCAUACCAUCCCUGAGAAACUUGACGAUAAUUGCUUUUCUUGCUGAUGAUGAUGAUAAGUGCUUGUGUCGCAUUGCUAUGGAAGCGCCAAAGCUUGAGCAUCUUUAUCUUGAGGAUUUCACAGAGUUAGAGUUUCUAUGCAGUAGUAGUCCCUUGCCAUGCCUCGAUUCAGCUCGAGUUGACACUGGUCGCAGAGCAAGCUCGUAUCAAAGCUUGGUUAGGUUGCUCGCCCAAAUCUCCAGUGCAAAGGAGAUGUGCUUAUAUUGGAAUACUCUUGAAUUUCUGUCAGCAGGCGACAAUAUUCAGCUGGCUGUCUUCCCCAAUUUGACGUAUUUGACACUCGAACCUACUGAAAGGUCGAGCAGCUGGAUUCUGCACUCCUUGCUCCACUCAGUCCCCAGAUUACAAUCUCUUGUCAUCAAACCGAGGAUGGCGGAGGGCUCAAUGUUAUGGGAGGAGACAGAACCUACUUGUACACCGCAGUGUGUGCAGUCAAGCCUCGAGGAAAUCGAGGUCAAAGAUUUUGUACCGCUAAAAACUGAUGCGGAAACGGUAGCACAUUUGCUCAUUGUUGGAGCUGUACUAAAGAAGGUAGAUAUCCACGUAGUCAAAGCUGAUACCAAACAAGAGCGCAAGGAACUUCAGGUACUGCUAAGACUCCCAAGAGUAUCAAGCACUUGUAAUGUUCGCAUUUUUCUCUGCGACAGUGAGAUCGACAUUGAUAUCGAUGAUGGUGGUGAGAUCAACGCUGAUAUUCAAGACGAGGUUGACAUGGAUGAUGAAGUCUAAUACGGCUUCCAUUGUUAAUCCAAGCAACGUCUCUGAUGUUUCAUCAGGUUGAAUGAGUGAAACUUAUAGUUGCAGCAGUAGCAGCAUCAUGUGUGCAUGACUUUGUAAACCAUUGCCUAUUAUUUUGUUUUCGGAUUUGUCACUAUUCAUUUCAAUUCUAGUAGCCAUGCUUCUAAUUUUCAUUUUAAAAGAUUUGAUUUCCCAAUUAUAAGGAAUUAGUGAUUGCUGUACCGUCUGAAGAAGGUAAUCAAUUUAUUCUUUGAUC